AAUCGGGUUUCCCUACAUUGGGUCAGUGUCUCGGACAUGGAAAUAAAUAUGGAUUGUCACUGAAUAGAAUUUUUUUCCGUUCCAGUUAAACCACUUUGCAAUUCCCCGAAUCCGAUGUAGAGGACAGAUAGAUUACCUUAGCGGACCACAUGGACUUACAUCGCAGGCUGUAGCCUAUUUCACCAGCUGCCGUAGCUACCCACAGAGGAUCGCUGGCGUUCGGUCUCUGCUACCAGGGUUGGGCGUGUUUAGCUAAAUCGUUUCGCCUUUGUCCAUCAUUAUCUCAUGUAGGCUAAUGCCGUCUGUUUUAGGCAACCAUGCGUCUCAUACGUAUACAUAGGGAUCCUAGUAUUUCUGGUGCUGAUAAAUAUGCUGCAUAUCAACUGUAGCCUAAUAGCAUAAAGAGUCUUCUUUUGGUGCUGACGGGACGUUAUUUCGUUUGAGUACCAUUCUUAACCUGUGCCAUUUUUUCAGUUGUGAUUGAAGCCGCCGACUUGGUGGUGACUAGUUAUUCCUUGUGCAUUGAGCUAGUUAUCUAGGGCAGCUAACAGGACAGGGCACGAUUUGCCCGUUUUUAUUAACUUACUGAUUCAUUACAGUUAGCCUAGAGAUAAGGUUAGAUAACUCGCUAAAUGACUCAUAUGAAUGGUAUCGUCUCUUACGUGACUCGCAGCAUAUUUCGCUAGCUGCGUUGCUGAUAUUUCUCUGUAGUUUGUUUUACGUGCAUCCUCUUGCAAGCUAAGGUGCUUGACAGCUUUUGCAUUUAUCGCGACAUAGACACGCCGCAGUUGCGUGUCGUUGUCGGACCCAGCCUCUUUUUGCCUGCAGACAGGCAGGCAGCAUAUAGCCGCGCUCUCUUUCAUUCCGAGGCAUUUUAGCCGGGAAAUUUCGUCGUUCAUGUUUCGCCAAGAAAUCAGUGUACUAUCUUUCAUUCCGUCUUGUUCUUACCUUUUCCAAUACGAGAAGCGGAACAUGUCUCGGUAUAAUAUCUACAGCCUGUUAGACUGGGUAUACGGUGGUGUGGACCCCAAGUUCGAAGGAAACGGGGGGCCGGAGUGUGCCGCCUUCCUCUCCCCACAACAGCGAAUCAACGAAAGCUUGGUCAUGAUUUUUAUAUCCAUCAUAGAGGUAAUACUGGCACUAAGAAAGAUCAACAUUUCAAAAGAACUGAAAGAAAUCGCGAAGGGAGGCGGAAAAGCCGAGGAAGACAGCUUGGGUAAAAACUUGUUGCUGGUGGCUCUGUGUAUGACUUUCGGAGUGGAGGUGGGCUUCAAGUUUGCGACGAAGACGGUGAUCUAUCUCCUGAAUCCCUGUCACGUUGUCACCAUGGUUCAGAUCUUCUUGCUGGCUUGUCCUCCCUGCAGAACGACUGUCAUCAUCUUUCGACUGCAGGUGCACAUGCUGAACGGAGCCCUGCUCGCCCUCCUCUUCCCCGUCGUCAACACCCGGCUGCUCCCAUUUGAAAAGGAAGUGUACUACAUCCAGCACUCUAUGCUCUACCUCGUCCCCAUCUACCUCUUCAGGAAAGGAGGCAUGUACAGGCCUGAGCCGCUGGGGGACAUGUGGUGGGCGUUGCUGUCCACGGGGAUCCUGUUCCUCUAUCACUUUGUGUUCCUGCAGGGCCUGGGCCUGGUCACCGAGGUCAACCUGAACAACAUGCUGUGCCCGGCCGUGUCGGACCCCUUCUACGGGCCCUGGUACCGGGUGUGGGCCACCGGGCACCAGACCCUGCUGACGCUGGUGCACGGGAAGGUUCUGACCCUGCUGUCACACAGCACCGGGCCCGCCUGGCGCCACCUGCUGGACAGCCUGCGACUGCGCAACAAGAAGCUGGACUGACCUGAGACCGACCGGACAUGAUCCACCCUCCCCUCCCACCCCAGCGACUGUUUUGAGCUCUUUUACUUUCAACUCGUAUCGUAUCGUACUAGUCAACAUGAGCGUUUGUAUUUUACUCAUUUUGGGGUCAGUGAGAAACUCAGCGUGCUGCAGUCGUUGCAGUUGCCGUGCUGCGGUCGCCGGGCUGCGGUCGCCGUGCUGCGGUCGCCGGGCGUGGUUACGCUUGUGACAGUUUGAGCUCAGUGGUGCACCUGCCUUAUUUCUGAGCGGACCUUCCAAACUCGCAGGACUCCUGGCUCAUAAACGGGCCGUUUUAAAUUCUUUCAUCAGGCAGUGGCACGCCACCGUUUCCAGGUGCACAGUUCAGUCCUCGUUUGUUUAAAUGUGGGUUCGCCUUACCCCAAAAAACGUUUGUAUUGUGUGGCUGUUUAAUCUGCUGUAAAGGGUGGUGGUGUUUAAUCCACCUCACUGUGUGGGGUGCUCAUGGGGGGGGGGGGGGGGGGGGGCAUCUCCACUGCUGAACAGGGUGUAGUAUUCUACAGAGACGGAGGAGCCCUGGGCAUAGUCCCACCAAAAGCCCCGCCCAGCCUGUGGAUUGGUACUGCAGUGAAUUCUGGGAAAGAGGGCCUAGCCAAUGAGGAACAGAUUAGCAACUGAGAAGCCCCCCCCCCCCCCGGGACCUUGUCAGAUAGACAUUGGACCCAUAUUCUAGCCUCCUGUGGGAAAGGGAUGCGUUUUCUCUGAAUUGUAUAUAUAUGAAGCAUUCACCAGAUGUGGGGACUUUUUGUACAUUAAUCCAGUGAAUCUGUACUGUGCUGUAUUGGAAAUAAAGUAUUAUCUCUGUUUAAAA